CGCAGAGGCUGCCGGGGGCCGGGCCGUGCGCGGGGGCCGGCGCCGAUGGCGGCAGGCGCAGGGGGCGGCUAAGGGAGCCGCCGGUGCCCGUCGUGUCCAUCGACCGCCGACGCCUCGCCCACCCCGUCCCUUCGCCCGCCGCUAUGGAGGCGCUGAUCCCCGUCAUCAACAAGCUGCAGGACGUGUUCAACACGGUGGGGGCCGACAUCAUCCAGCUGCCGCAGAUCGUGGUGGUGGGCACGCAGAGCAGUGGAAAAAGUUCUGUGUUGGAAAGUCUUGUGGGGAGGGAUCUGCUCCCACGAGGUACUGGAGUUGUCACCCGGAGACCCCUUAUUCUGCAGCUGGUGCACGUUUCCCCAGAGGAUGGUCGGAAAGGAGCUGGAGAUGAAAAUGAGGUAGAUGCUGCAGAAUGGGGUAAAUUUCUUCAUACCAAAAAUAAGAUCUAUACAGAUUUUGAUGAAAUUCGUCAGGAAAUAGAAAAUGAAACAGAGAGGAUUUCAGGAAACAAUAAGGGGAUCAGUCCUGAACCCAUUCAUCUUAAGAUUUUUUCAUCUAAUGUUGUAAAUCUGACUCUUGUGGACUUACCUGGAAUGACAAAGGUGCCUGUUGGUGAUCAGCCUAAAGACAUUGAACUUCAAAUAAGAGAGCUUAUCCUUCAGUUCAUCAGCAACCCCAAUUCCAUUAUCCUGGCAGUCACAGCUGCCAACACGGACAUGGCCACUUCUGAAGCCCUGAAAAUAGCUCGGGAGGUGGAUCCAGAUGGUCGAAGAACCCUUGCUGUUAUCACAAAGCUGGAUCUCAUGGAUGCUGGCACUGAUGCUAUGGAUGUGCUCAUGGGAAGAGUGAUUCCAGUCAAACUUGGCAUCAUUGGAGUAGUGAAUAGGAGUCAGCUGGAUAUCAACAAUAAGAAGAGUGUGGCUGAUUCCAUUCGUGAUGAGUAUGGAUUUCUCCAAAAGAAAUACCCUUCCCUUGCCAACCGAAAUGGAACCAAGUAUCUUGCUAGAACACUGAACAGAUUGCUGAUGCAUCAUAUCAGGGAUUGCUUGCCAGAGCUGAAAACCAGAAUUAAUGUUUUAGCUGCCCAGUACCAGUCUCUACUGAACAGCUAUGGGGAACCUGUUGAAGACAAAAGUGCUACUUUAUUGCAGCUGAUCACCAAAUUUGCCACAGAAUAUUGUAAUACUAUUGAAGGAACAGCAAAAUACAUUGAGACUUCAGAGCUAUGUGGUGGAGCCAGAAUCUGUUAUAUUUUUCAUGAGACUUUUGGAAGAACUUUAGAAUCUGUUGACCCUCUGGGUGGCCUUAACACAAUUGACAUUCUGACUGCCAUUAGAAAUGCCACUGGUCCUCGUCCUGCCUUGUUUGUUCCUGAGGUUUCCUUUGAGUUGCUGGUAAAAAGGCAAAUCAAACGUUUGGAAGAACCAAGCUUGCGCUGUGUGGAGCUGGUUCAUGAGGAAAUGCAGAGGAUUAUCCAGCACUGUAGUAAUUACAGUACACAGGAACUACUGAGGUUUCCUAAAUUGCACGAUGCCAUAGUUGAAGUAGUAACCUGUCUUUUGCGUAGGAGACUUCCUGUCACAAAUGAAAUGGUUCAUAAUCUGGUGGCCAUUGAGUUAGCUUAUAUUAAUACCAAACAUCCAGACUUUGCUGAUGCCUGUGGAUUAAUGAAUAACAACAUAGAGGAGCAAAGGCGGAACAGGUUAACCCGGGAAUUGCCUUCUGCUGUGCCACGAGACAAGUCUACUAAAGCUCCAGGUGCAUUGGCACCUGCUUCCCAGGAGACUGUUACUGCUGCUUCUGCUGAGGCUGAUGGCAAGGUCUGUCUUGAUUUUUCCUCUAAGCACUGCAUGCACGUUUCUGUUGGGAAUCCUUCUGUAGGAGCAGAUGCACCUCAGGAGUCUGGAACAGGCAACUGGAGAGGAAUGCUGAAACCCUCUAAACCAGAAGAGGUAUCAGCAGAGGAAAAAUCCAAGCCAGCUGCAGCCCUACCUGCUAGUCCUCAAAAAGGACAUGCUGUAAACCUAUUAGAUGUGCCUGUACCUGUUGCACGCAAACUUUCUGCCCGUGAGCAACGAGAUUGUGAAGUGAUUGAACGACUUAUUAAAUCUUACUUCCUUAUUGUCAGGAAGAACAUUCAGGACAGUGUGCCAAAGGCAGUGAUGCAUUUUCUGGUGAACCACGUGAAGGACACUCUCCAGAGUGAGCUGGUGGGCCAGCUAUACAAAUCCCUAUUGUUGGAUGACCUUCUCACAGAGUCUGAGGACAUGGCACAGCGCAGGAAAGAGGCAGCUGACAUGCUAAAGGCCCUGCAGCGAGCCAGCCAGAUCAUUGCAGAGAUCCGAGAGACACAUCUUUGGUGAAGACUGUAUCAGCCACACUAUUUAUAUGCAUUGGAGGUUACAUUGGCUUGACAAUUGCUAGGCAUGGUAUACGGAGUAGAAUUUUUAUUUAUGAACUCUUCUUAUCUGUGUACUGCAACUGUGUAAAUCUGCUCAUGUAAAGACAGUUGGUUUGAUUUGCAAACAGAAAAACAUGCUGUAUUUUGCAAAAGAAGUCAUAUUUAAUCCAUAUAAUAAAUGGCUCUAAAUGUUUCCUUACCAGGUUUCUGGUGCAAAUUAAAGCAGACCAAGUCUUCUGUCUCAGUGACAGUCUCAUUUGAACUUGGGGAAAAACAUUCAAGUUCCAGUGCCUGACUUGCUGAACAGGUUGCCUGUGGUUAAGACAGCCAGUGUAGUCUUGUGGCAUAGUUUUAAGCUGCUUUUCCAGUAGAAGUUUCAAUACUGUGAAGAAAAGAGAGCACCGAGUAUUUUCUUUCAUGAAUAUAUUGCAUGCACUGUGACAGAUGGAGGUCUCCAUUUUAUAGCACAGUAGAGAUGUUGAGCGUAUUACUAUGUAUGUGUGUUCCCUUUUUUUUUUUUCUCUUUGUCCCCAAAUGUUUCAAUGGCAGACAAAACUUCAGACUUGAUUUCAUGGAGUAUCAUGUAGGAAGAAUUAGCCUGGAGCUUGUGAACAAGAACAGCCUACUAAAAAGUGGCUGCAGAGUUAUUAACGUGCACUGGAGCUUGUGUAUGAAUGUUGGAGUUUAAAAUCAGGCACAAGGACACCUUCCCCUUCCUCCCCCCUGGGACCAAGCCCCUGGACCAUCUGAUAGUAAAUUUGCUCUGGCAGAACUGAAAAUAAAACUGGAUUUCAAAACUGUCAUGGGAUAGUAAGCGUUUCUUUUGAAAACAGAUGAAGUUGGCCAGGGAGAAGGGGAUGCCCACAAAUUCUGCAAAUAUUGGAAUGUAUGACAGUAUGAAAGAAAGUCUGUGCAUUUGGAAUAUUUAUAUCAGAGAUUACAGUUGCUUUUGAGGAAAUUUUAUUGUGCUGUAAGUAGCUUUUUUUUUUUGAGGACAAUCGUAAAAUUAUGAAAUUUUAGGUUGGAAAUUAAGUUGAUGAGCUUUCUUUUUUUCUUUUGAUUAUAAUUCAUACAGAUGACUAUUGAUCACACUAGCCUUGAAAAAGUAAACAUUUUAAUUUUUAUUAAUAAAAAUUUAUUUAAACUUCAGCCAGCAUACUUGCAUGUACUUUUCAAGCAGAUUCACUCUUUUUGUAUAAAGUGAAAAUGUUUACUAAAGUGUUGCUGAUACUUUAGCACAACUUGCAUGAAAAAUAGGACACUGCUGUUAACCUCCAUGGCUUGAUUUUAUGGUAUUGGGCCACAAUAGUGAGGUUUUCAUUACCGUAUGCAGUUCCUUCCCCCGAAAUCAGUUGGCAAAAAAGGAAUUCCUAUGGUAAGCUGCUAAAGAGUGAAUAUUCAAAAAUUCAGUUUACAAGAAGCUCUGUUUAAAAAUGUAUUUUUCUCAUGGUAAUCUUCAGUUUGGCAUCAAUAUGAGCACAAGGAGUUAAGUCUGACAGAUGCAAUUUUUGGAUACUUCAUGUAUGAUCUGAGGUAAUUCAUGCAGAACACAGAAAUACAUAUGGUGUAUUUUUAAACAGCCUAAAAAGUCAUGGUGUAUGCAUUACACGUAAUGAAUAUAAAGGAGGUACUUUUGUCUUGUAUUGUAUCCAGGGAUGGUAGUUCUCAGAUUUAAGAAAUUUAACUCAAGUGCAAACCACAUUUUAAAUCAAUUUGGUGAUCAGUGAAAGCUUUUUAAGUCUUGUCAAAAGCAUUACAUUUCUGUUUGGUAUUCACCUGACACCUCUCUCUUUUGCUUUCAACAUCCAAGGAGUUUUCAACAAGGUAGUGCCGUCCAUAAGUGAUCUGCUACCUAAGCUUUAACUCUCAAAGCUCAGUCAACAGUCUCUGUGGAGAAAUACUCUGAUUUGUAAAGUUUUGAAAUGCUGCAUAAAGCAAAUGAAUUUCAUUUAUUGAAGAAAUUCUUGCAAGUGAUAUCUGGCUCUGUAAUGUCAUGUGAAAUUUCCAGUGUUAAUUUGGUUUCUGAAAUGUUACGACUUUUUUUGUUUGAGUUUCACAAAAAGUUUCAAUUUGGUAAUGUUUGAGUGCCAAGAAAUGAACUUGAUUUGUAAUCCUUAAUGCAAGACUUUGAAGGUCCAUGCUGUAACAAUCCUGUUAUUUAAUAAACAGAUAAUACAAAAAUAA